AAAAGAAUUUCACAAGAGAUAAAACCUCAAAGUAUUAACGACGCUGAAAGGACUCUUUUGCAUUCUAAUACAUUGAAUCUUCAACAAUUCGAAGAUUUUUCUACAGAAAAUGAAUCAAAGGUUUUUAAUGAUUUACAAAAUCAUUACGUUGAAACCACUGCUAAUCAUGACAAUACUAACAAGCUACAUUGGAAGCUAAAACUAUCUGCGUACAUUAAUAAGCAAUCAUAUGAACAAGCAUUGAUAAAAAAAAACCCCCACCAAGACAUGCUUUUCGUCAAGACGUAGUGUUUAUAAUAGGUAAAUGAUCUACCUCAAACAUUGUAUACCACGAACCAAUAUGGGGCAUUGGCUUUAGAAGGCUACUGAAAAGGUACAGUUUUCUGGUAUAUUUAAUUGAUGAAUUUAAUACAAGUAACUGCCAAAGCUUAGGUCUUGAGACAUUUUGAAGAAUUAAAAACCAGGACCCACAUAGAAGACAAG